GCUCCAGCGAGGAGGAGGGAGGAUGGAGAAAGAGGAGGAGGAGGUGGUGGGAAGCUGCUGAAAGCCAAGGAGAGUGGAGUGUGUGUGCUUACAAAUGCGACGUGAGAGGGGGAAGAAUGAUGGUCCCUCCCUGCUGCUUCCAGAUAAGUAGCUGAAGGAGAGAGAGCGGGAGAGAGGGGAAAAUUGGCUGGCCAUCAUCUCUGAGAACAGAAAUAAAGUGUGUGUGUGGGGAGGUCGGGUGUGGGGGGCAUAGAGCAGAAACUCCUCAGCUUUGGCUGGUCCAUUACGCCGGCUGCAGAGGAAACCGUAGCUCCCCAUUGUCUGUCAGCUCCGGGGCUCCGUCUGAACCUGAUGUGUGCAUGUCCGUGUCAGGGAGCAGACAGGCAAAUGACAGCGGCGCUAGAAGACCAGAGGAGAGUCCAAGGGAACGACUUUGAGAGGAAACCUCAAAAAUGCAGCAGAGUGAAAAAAUAAAUCACCUUGGGAGGAAGAAAAGGAGAAAUUCCGAUUAAAGGAGCAAGCUCCACCCAGCACAUUAUGACCUCUUCUACAGGGAAGGCCGAGCUGUACAGCCUUCAACAGGAACAAUAACGCUGCUGGGAACACCCGUGAAUGGUGGAAGAGGCUUGGGGCAGGGGUUUUCUGUGUGGGGGGCGGUCCUAUUUCCACCUCUAUCUCUCCCCGUGCCAAGUUCUGGAUGUGCCCUGUGAAAGUUUUUGCCCUGGAAGGAAAUUGGUCUUGCCAGUUGAAAAUGAGACACUUUCAAAUGAACUUGCUUCUCAUCUGUGUGGCAACUGCCACAGCCGUCCCCAUAGUGCCCUGGAAGGUGAAAUGCCCACUGCAGUGUGUGUGUCAGAUCAGACCCUGGUACACACCCAGGUCUGUGUACAGGGAGGCCGCUACCGUGGACUGCAAUGACUUGCUCAUCUCCACAGUGCCCGAGCGCUUGCCAGAGGGGACACAGACCCUGCUUUUGCAAAGCAACCGCAUCGCCAGGGUGGACCAGAAUGAGCUGGACUAUCUGAAAAACUUGACAGAGCUCGACCUGUCGCAGAACAGCUUCUCCGACAUCUGGGACUUCAGUCUGAAGAACAUGCCCCAGAUGCUGAGCCUCCACCUUGAAGAGAACCAGCUGGCCGAGUUGUCCGAUAACAGCUUCUCUGGCCUGGCCAAUCUCCAGGAGCUGUAUCUGAACCACAACCAGCUGCGUAGGAUUUCCCCACGGGCCUUUUCAGGCCUCAGUAACCUCCUUCGACUCCACCUCAACUCUAAUCUCUUGAGGACAGUUGACAGCCGCUGGUUCCAGGUGCUCCCCAACCUGGAGAUCCUCAUGAUCGGAGGCAACAAGGUGGAUGCUAUUUUGGAUAUGAACUUCAGGCCUCUGUUAAACCUGAGGAGCUUGGUUCUGGCUGGGAUGAACCUGAGGGAGAUUUCAGAUUUUGCCCUGGAAGGGCUGAGAAGCCUGGAGAGUCUGUCUUUCUACGACAACAAGCUGGUGAAUGUUCCCAAGCGGGCACUGCAGCAAGUCCCUGGCCUUAAGUUCCUGGAUCUGAACAAAAACCCUUUGCAGAGGAUCAGGCAAAGUGACUUCACAAAUAUGCUACACCUCAAGGAGCUGGGACUUAACAACAUGGAGGAGCUGGUUUCCAUAGACAAGUUUGCCUUGAUCAACCUCCCCGAGCUGACCAAACUGGACGUGACCAACAAUCCCAAGCUGUCUUUCAUCCACCCCAGAGCUUUCCAUCACCUGCCCCAAAUGGAGACCCUGAUGCUCAACAACAACGCCUUAAGUGCCUUGCAUAAGCAGACGGUAGAGUCCCUGCCCAACCUACAGGAGAUCAGCAUCCACAGCAACCCUAUCCGCUGUGACUGCAUCAUCCGCUGGGUCAACAGCACUGAGAACCAUAUCCGCUUCAUUGAGCCCCAGUCCACACUGUGCGCUGAUCCCCCAGACCUGAAGAGGAGGCACAUCCGGGAUGUCCCCUUCCGGGAAAUGACUGACCGGUGCCUGCCUCUCAUCUCCACCAAGAGUUUCCCCUCCCACUUGGAGGCGGCAGACAGUGAGAACAUCUCACUACAUUGUAGGGCCCUGGCGGAACCAGAACCAGAGAUCUACUGGGUCACACCAUCUGGGGUCAAGCUGAUCCCUUACUUGGAGGACAGCAGGUACAAGGUGCACCCUGAAGGGACACUGGAAAUUCACAAGAUAACUGCACAGGAGGCCGGGCUCUAUACCUGCGUGGCCCAUAACCUCAUCGGUGCCGACACCAAGAGUGUCAGCCUGAUGGUCAACAGCUCCUUCCCUCUCAGCGUGGACAACCUGGAGCUCCUGGUGAAGGAAGUCCAGGCUUACCAUAUCCUUGUCACCUGGAAGCCCCACCUCAACACGGUCUCCUCCAAUCUCACCUGGUCCAGCUUCUCCUUCAGCUCCAGUUUGGAUGUGACCAACGUGGCCAGGAUCCCUGCGGGCACCCACCUGUAUAACAUCACCAGGCUCCACCAGGGCACAGAGUACUGGGCCUGCCUUCAUGUGGCCUUCCUAAACUUGCAGUCCAAGGUGGCCUGUGUGAAUGCCAGGACUAAAGAGGCUGGCUAUGGCUACCGGUACCUGGAGAGCAGGCAGAGUGUCUUGACAGUGCUGGCCCUCUGCAUCUUACUGCUCUCAGCCAUCCUGGUUGGCCACUAUGGCUUUGGUUCUUACAGGCCGCAGCCUGGGAGCCCUGGGAAGCUGCUCCUGCACUGCCUGCCAUGGAACCCAGGCUCCUCUUCGGUGCGCGUGGUCUACCCUCCUUUCGUCAAACACUGGGAUCAAGGGAGGCCUGGGGAGAAGCUCCUAGCCGUGGAGGUGCAAGCAACGCCGCUGGACUCUUGAAGGUCGACUCUUUGGAGGAGCGUGGAGUUCUGGUGGCGGUUUCGGGGGUCGGGGAGAAGGCACGUGAAACUAUUUUUUGCCAAAAAUAAAAAGAAGACUUGACUGACAAACAAAGCAGCGUGGCAAGUGGAGAGGGACAUGGCCAACAUCCAGGCCUUGCGGUGCCCCUCUGCCCCCAUGCCCCACCCAAAUCACCGAUCAAUAUUUGGCCAAACAGAUUGUUUCUCUGACAGACAACCUGCUGUUACUGGGGGAAAGGUUCUUGAGUGAAUCUUCAGCACAGACAGGGACAAUGAAAGGCAAUGCCCAGAGCAGAGAGCACAAGCAAGAACAGCCAUACUGUAGAACCACAGAUGACACCAAGCCCCCAGCAGCCCAGCUGUUAGUCUGCUAUCUGGGUGGUCCCUGUCUCAGAAAUACACAAAGGCCUUUCCCUUUGGGACUUUUUUUGUGUGUACAGCCAUAGGUAACCACGAUUCAAACCUGCCAGCCCCCUUAUUCGCUCACCCACAACCACCUCAAGGAACAGAGUGGGGAGGGGGGGAAGAUGACAGUUGGGCUAAGAAAACAAGGAUGCUGCUGUAUCUCUUAACUGGCUAGUGACGUCUUCGUGACUCCGGCUGGAUUCUGCCGUGAAAAGCCUAUUGGAUCCCAUAACCCCAGAGCUUGAUUUCAAGGCUAUUUUGUAAACUUUUGUGGAUAAUGUUACAAAAAAAAAAAAAAGAGGAAAUUCUUGCUUUUCUGUAUUUGUAAAAAAAAAAGAAACAAAAAAUCUUUGUACACUGGUCUAUAGCGUGAAGGGUUCGUGCUAGAAAAACGUUGCAGAGACAAAGGGGGGAGCGGGGAGGUAUGGAAAGGUGAAAUCUUUGAUGUGACAGAGGUUCCAGGAACAGAGUGUCUUACUUCCAAAUAGCUGCACUUUGCUCUCUGCACAUGUCCCACUGCAUAACUUGAAACAUCCCAGGAGAUGAAAGUGAGAAGAGGCUUUAUGGGUGCGAGGGGAAUAAAUAUUCUGGUCUCCAAUGCUGUCAUCACCUCUCUUUCUCUGAUAAGCAAUUAAAAUUGCAAAUGAAACAUACCGGUGGACAGCAUGAGUCUCUCCCCCUGCCCCUUCUGUUUCUAAUUAUGCCAAGCCAAGGGAUGACGCUGUCUGUAGAAUUUCAAAUCAGUGAGCUUGGGAGAGUCAGCUUCCCUUCGCUAGUGGUGUAUGGAUGUUUUUAUUUUAAAAACUCAUUUGUUUACUUUUAAAUUUAUAAGAAGCCUUUAAUUGGGUGGGAGGGGGAACCACAUGGAAAGAGAAAGGAAGGACAGGCGAGUUGGCUGAGGGAGAAAGAGAUGGAUAGCUAGAAAGAGAGUGAUAGAAAGAAGCCACCAGAAAAGGGUCAGUGUAAAUACAUGACGAAACAAUUUUCCCGCCAGGAAGUAUAAUGUUCAUGGUUAUGACCGUUGCUUUAUCUUUCAAAAUCUGGGCAAGAUGGUGGUUGUAAGGAGACAGAAGACAAAUGAGUUGGCUAUCUGAGAUCUGAGACCAGCGCCGAUGGUGCCCUGGUGUACUGAGAGUUCCAGGUUAAAAGGCAUGGGGAGAUGAGGAGCAAUUUGAACGAGACACAUGCAUGGGCUGAUCCGAUGUGCCCUCAUCACCAUCUCCGUAAUGACCUGCCAUCAUCCGUGCUCUGACAGCAGCAAAUUCAGGUAGGACCAAAGCCUUUUGAAAUCCAUGGGUUGUGGAGCAGGCCCUUUGACCAGUCACUCCACAUAAUACUCCCUGCUCCACACAAUGCUCCCCAUCCACUGUGGGGCACAUGGUGCCCAUUACAAACAUUAAGAAAAGCUCUACCAUAAUCAUGUACAGUUUUCUGACGUGGUACAAUGGCAUAGGGAAAAAAAUCUCCAUCUAGAUCUAGCAGAUGUGUAUCCACAUAAAAAAAAUCGCUGCAUAAUUUGGCAUGGUUGGCAACCUUUUCUUAGGAAAAGGCCAGGUCUGGAAUCGCAGGGACUGCUGGAGGUCAAGAGCAGGGCGCACUGGCAGAAUAGUGUGUGUGUGAGAGCCCUGCACUAAUAACAGCAAGCUACAGGUCAGGACUGAAGGCAUCAAAAGAGCUUUGCAGAGGAAAGUUGCCCAGCCCUUGGCGGUGCUAUAGCCGUCUCUUGCUAGGAUAAUAAUUCCCUUUCUUUCCUCCAGAACCAAAUCUGUUCCCUCAAUUAUAAGGGACAGUGCCAGAGGGAAAAUUUCAGCCAGGUUAGCUGUAAUCACCUGAAACAAAACGUGAGGUACCAGCAAAUAAAUAAGACCCAGAGACCAAAGUGUACACAGCUAAGCUUUGCUAGAGCGUCUGCAAACAUAAUCAUGCCUUCCCCCCCUUUGGGAGGGGCUCUGAGUUGAUCAGAGAGAAGAAAUAAAACAAAGAUGAAGAGAGAUUCCCCUCCUGGUUCUUCUGAGCCCAGUCUAGGGAUAAUGGCAGACAGAUACCUUUUGCAUUGGUGGUGGGGGGAGUAGGGGGGGUGUCUGAGAGAGGCUUUCAUUAAAAAUUUAAAUGGCCUGGGAUGUGAAGUCCCAGCCUCUACAGUUUGCUAGCUCUGUUGAGGUGAACAGCAAGGAGAGCAAUGAAAAGAAGCCACUAUGAGUGUGUGUGUGUCUUGUUCUCUUUCACUCACAUGCACAGCUGACCCCUCUACUCCGCAAGCACCAUCGGUGACGGUCGAUUUUGGGGGAUGCACAACCAUUGCUGAGCGAGCCCUGGCUAAUUUGCAUGGACAUCUUCAUGAAUGUUAAGAUGCACAAAUCAAUGAGGGCACCGUGCCCUGCUUGCCUUGAUAAAGGAGUAGACAUUGCUUGUUCCUGCAAGUCCACCAGCAACACAUGCCAGCAGCCCUUCCAGCUCUGUCCUUGCCCUGCAGUUACAGGGAGGCUGUUGGAUGCCUUAAGCCACCCAUUUAAAGCCAUCCCUGCUUUAGAAUACCCUGAUAUUCUGUUCUCUCUCUCCCCCAACCCCCUCAUUCACAGGAAAGAAGCCCCUCAAAUGGAGCUGUCAAGACACUACCACCAUCUCUUGAUGAAAAACCCAUCACCCCGUAACUAACUGGGGUGAUGGCUAACUGGCCACCUUAGCAGAGACACCAAGGAUUGACUGGGCCAUAGAGCCUGAACUUUCCUCUCAAGUCCAGAGGAGGUUGCUCCAGGCUGGGGAUGAGGUGUGUUGGUGAAGUAGGUGGGGGGAGCUUGCACUCUUCAUAGUGGCUGAACUAUUCCUUGGAUAAACAGCAGCUGGAAAAUGACUCCCCUUUAAAAAAUGGACAUGCCGCUCUCCCAGUCAGAACUUGGGAGAAACGCACAAGAAAAUGGCACAUCCUCCCCAAAGCAAGACAGCCCACCUACAGACCUGUCUGAUGUUGUGCUGCAACGCAAUGUCCUUAACACUUAAAGCUAGAAGGACUAUUUGACAUGGUGGAAGAACACUGAAGAAAUUAUGCGAUUGAUGCAGCCUGUGUAGACAACUUCAAGUGUGAGAUUCCAUGGCCCAGUCCUCUGUGACCUGCCUAACCUCAGACCUCUACUCUUCCGUGCAGAGUUGGGCUCCAACCCCACAUCUCAGUACCUCUCCCCUGCCCUGAACUCUGGAGGGUUUCAAAUCCAGAUGGGAGGUUUACAGCUUGACUCUGUCUCUGCUUUAAAGUUAGGAGUUUUGUUUCCUGGAUCCUCAUUCCCAGCUGGGACUGGCAAUGUUGUUCUGCUUCAAACAUCAGAAUAAAAGAUUGUCCCCACCAGGCGUACAAACAUAACAAUUACUGAGUCCCUGUCCCAGCUGGGAGCAGUGAGCAGGUGCCUUCAGUGCGAUGCCAGAAUAACUCAUCCCAGGCAAAGCACGCCCCUGCUCCCUGGGCUGACACCACUGCAUGGGGGUUGCCUCUUGCUGGCUGAAAUAAAAAUGCUGAAAAAGUAGAGAACAGUUUAAUUCCCAAAACCAGGGAAAGAGCCUGCGAGCUUGUCCGAACUGGAUGAAACUGGAGCUCGCACAUCUCACGUGGGAAUUGCAAGGCCUGAUUAACAUUGGAAUGUUAGCCACCAGGGCAAAGGGCUACCCCCGGCAAGAUUGACACCAGGGCAAAUCACACUGGAACACUUCCGUGCUCUAGGGCCAGGUCAGCACUUAAAACUUUUGCUAGUAUAGCAAUGUCAGCUAGGGGUGUGGUUAUUUUUAUGACAUUUCUAUGCUGGCAAAAGCCCUAGUGUAGACACGGUUAUACUGGGGACAAAAAAUGGUUUUGCCUGUAUAGCUAAUUUUGUUUGGGAACUGGGUGCAUUAUAGUGGCAAAAGCACUCUUUGGCUGGUAUAAACUUGGUCUACACUAGGAGGGAUUUUCUGGUCUAGUGGUACUGGUAUAACUAUACCAGCAAACAUUUCCUAGUGUAGACUAGGCCUAGGGCUUUGACAAGGCUAUUAAAUCUAAAGACGGAUGCAUGAUAAUUCCCUAUGGAGCAGAAGCUUUUGCUGCAGCCUUCUCUGAUCCAUUAUUCCAUAAGAUAGUUCUUACCAGCCACAAUUCAGCCAACCAGCACUAAUCAGUAAAGUACUUAAUCACUGUGCUUGGGACCCAUUGAAGAUUUGCCAUUAUCUUCAAUGGGACAGGCCGAAAGCUAAGUAUGUGCUUAAGCACUUCGCUGAAUGGAAGCCACUCUGGAGAUUCUAUAGGAUCCCAAGUGCCUUGGAUGGAACUACUCACGUAUGUAAAGUCAAGUAUUUGGAGGGUCGGGGCCUAACUAUCCUUUCUCUUCUGCCUUUCUUUACACUGGGGAAAUUUACAAAAAAAUCCCCACUGGUUUAGCAGUGUGAGAUCAGUUGGGAAUAUUAGCCUGUAAAUUUCCCAGGAGAAGGCGUGUCUUUGAUUUAAUUCCAUUCCUCCCAGUUAUAUAAAAAGCUCCCUUAUUAAUCAGUCACGGGGCCAUAUUUUCAUCUCUCUCCAUUUGAGAUGAUCUUGUUCCUACGCGUGGCAGAAACGAAGCUAACCCUCAAGCAAAACAAACACACAGCCCUUUUAAAGGCUGUAAUUUUGUAGGUGUAGGGAAAGGACAUCUGUGAUCAUUACUAUCAUUACUGCUAAUGUUACACUGAGACCGGAGGUGAGGUUUCAACAGCUGCUUGGUUUGUUUAUUUUAACCUACAACUAAUUCCUGCAGGCAGAAGAUUCUACUUGUUUAUUUCUUCUUCUAUUUUCUCAGUUGCCUUCAGCUGACUUUGGGAAUCACAGUGAUACUUACAGAGCUUCAGAAUAUAAUUAAUACAAAAAUACACCACUCUGAUUGCCAGCACUGACACAUUGAAUUGUUCUCUCCUUUAUGGAUGCUUCCUUUUCCCCACUCCUGUCUGCUCUGGUAUCGCAACUGUACUAGCUAAAACCCAGCUGUGCUGGCUACAGCUGCAUUUAAACAGUAGUUAGAGCAGGGCACUGGGAGUUGGGAAGCCUGAGUUCUGUUCUUGUCUACCACUGACUCACUUCCUGACUUUGGGCAAGUCACUUAGCCCCACAUUUUCAAAAGCGGCUGCUGAUUUGGUGGGCCUCGGUCAUUUGGCAGCCCAAACUGAGAGUAUUUGGGGUUGAUUUGCAGAAAUGCUGACCUGCCAUGGCUCGGUGCCUAUGAAAAUCACAUCCUAGGGUCAAAAUUUUCAAAAGAGCUCAGCAGCCACCGAGCCCUGAGCUCUUACGAAAAGCUGGCCCCUUACAGAAUUUUGGUGCCUGAGCUCUUUGGAUAAUCUGGUCCCAGGGGUUUCCAGGUGGGCCUCCAAAAUGAAUGGGCACUUCAGAAAACGUUGACCUCUGCUUCUCUGUGCCUCAAUUCCAGCCUCUCUGAAGUGGGGACAAUGAUACUAACCCCUCCCUUCUAAAAUGCUUUGAGAUCCUCAUCUGAAGAGCACUGGGUGGAAUACACUAUUUAUUAUUGUGAUGAUGGUCUGAUUCUCAUAGUUUCCAUAACCAGUGAUUGUUUUCCCUGACCAUCAUGCUAGCUAAAUAGUACCAUGGACCCUGUCUAUCCUGGCUGUACAACCAAAUUCAGCAACUGUGCUUAAAUAUAGCGUUUCUUUCUUAUAGGGUUUGACCAGCCAAUGCGGAGAGAGCCAAACUAUAUUAGAAUAGAAUGGUUCAGCUAGUCACAUAGACUGGAACAAAUUGAUAACAGCUGACCUAGUCCUGUAUCCUGCCUCCUAUGGAACUUUAAGGGGCCAAUUCUUCAUCUGCUCUGGGAUCUUUACUCUGACAAAGGCCACGGCUAAAUGCUAAAGAGGAAACUAUUAAACCCCACAACAUUCAUUUCAUGGUGAAGAAUGGUAUGAUUGGGAAGGAGAUGGGAUUACUUCCUGUCCUCUAGUUGGUAAUGUGUUCUCUGCAGCCAUACCCCUGCCUAAUUUUUACCCUAGCUAAUGUAACUGUAGAAGAUAUUCAUCCCGCAGUGAAAUUCACUCCUGUGCAGAGGGCCAGCCUGAAACCUUUGCACCACUUAAGCCCUCUUUUGAAGGGCUUACGUGCCUUGUACUAAUUUCUGUGCACAAAGGUAAAUUUCACCUUAAAUGUCCAGUCUCUUUUUUGCAACUUAAGUUGUUUGCUUCAGUAACAUCACACACAGAUACACACAUGGCUGCUACUUCCACUGUCUGUUUUUACCUUGCUUCCAAAUGCAUUUUCCUUUUGCUGCUUGUAAUGUGUUCCUUUCUGAAAUGACAGAGUGGCUUAUUGUUCUUGUAUACGCUGAUGGCAUAAACAAGGGCACCAGCCUGCCUUGCUCUCCCCUGUUCAUUUUGCAUAGCUCUCUGCCAUUCUCUCUCCUCCCUUCCAAAGCAAACAGUCCCGGUCUUUCUGACUGAUGCAAGAGGCGACAGCCUGAUUACAAGGGAGGAGCAUCUAUUUAAAUACAGAGCUCUCUAUGAUUGGAAUGGGAAAACGUACAAAUGCAACGGGGUUUGGGUAAAGCACUAUUAUCUCUGCAGCAAUUCCGGAGCGUGGCACGAGCACCACCAUUCCAAAUGUUUUUCAGAGGAGCAGCAUUUUAGCCCCCUACGUAACGUAAUCGCUUAUCACGUGAGCAGGCUGUGCACGCUCUGUGGACGCCCUUUCGCCUUCCUGCUCUAUCAGUUCUGCCCCCCUUUCCUUGCUCUGCUAAUGCACCUCAGUCCUCAUUCCCCCACACUGUCUGCUGAUGCUCCUCAUUCCUGACCUGCAACACAUACUAGUUUCAGCCCUGGGCUUCCAUCCUGGAAACCCACUGAGCUCACCCCAGUAAACCCACUCCAGGGUCUGAUGGAGUCAAAGCUCACACACGCUGAGCUUGGCAGGGGAGCCUGAGAAAAUUCUUUCCAACUAGUCUAUGCACGAGAGAGAACAGAAUAAGCCGAACUCUCUGAACUGGCCAUAAAAACGACCCAGCUCUGCCUACACAAAUCAUUGCCUGGAAGGUGCCACAGUGAUAAUAUUACUAAUCAGGAAGGACUAGUCCAAGAAUGAACCUUGCUCUGUGAAUUACAACAGAUGCAAAGUUUUAUAGGGCCUCGUGAUUGGGACUUAUGGGUUCCCAUCCCGUCGGAGGCUGGAUCGUGCAAAUGAAACAGUUGUGCAGAUGUAUGAGGGGUAAUUUUUUGACUGCCAGGAAUAAGUCACCUCAGGAUGUCCUCUCAUGGAGAGAAAGAAAAAUGGCUUUUCAUUGAUAGGUUCCCCUGGUAUUCCUCACCUUCCUUUGAAAAGCCCAUUGGCUUCUGAGCUAACACAGCAGGAUUGCCCUGAUAGGAAUGCCAGAUCAAAACCCCUUGGAUCUUGGGGGUAGUUAGGGUAACCAGCUGUCCCGAUUUUAUAGGGACAGUCCUGAUAUUUGGGGCUUUGUCUUAUAUAGGUGCCUAUCACCCCCCAACCUUUGUCCUGAUUUUUCACACUUGCCGUCUGGUCACCCUAGGGGUAGUUCAGACCUCAGCUUUGUGGCUUGGUCCCAGUCCCUAUAACAUGAUCCAAACUGGAACAUUAGCUCUUCUACCUCCUUCCCGCCUCCGCCUCUUGCAAACUUUAGAUCUAGAUUUGGAGCCAAGCUCUGCGGUGAGGGCAUUCAAACACCGAAAGGAAUGCUGGCAACUUUCCAAAGUGCCCCAAACACACAUAAAAAUGCACUGGAAAGAAAUGCAAUUGAAAAGAAAUGCACACAGCCCUAAUAGUUGCUUGUACUUGUCUCUUGCCUCUGACUCAGUGAAUAUAAAUAGCGUGGAUUUACCAGCAGUAUAAUCCUGCCCUUGAUCAGCUUUGUCCUUGUCACCCUGAGGUUACUGGGAGACUAUUUUAGGACUUUAUUGGCCACACUUUGGGCAUAUAUGCCCCUCUGCCUCAAAUCAGCUUUUUAUCCCCAGCUACAGCUUAAAAUCAACACUAUUCCAGGCCAUUCAUAGAGGUAACACACUGCAGAUUUGAGUUCCAACUCCGCAAACUACAUAUUCCAGCAAAAUGAUGCGAGAGUGUGAUGCAGUUGCUAGAAAGGGCUAAUAUCAUUCUUGGCUGUAUUAACAGGAGUGUCAUAUGUGAGAUAUGGGUUGUUCCGCUGUACUCAGCCCUAGCAAGGCCUCAGCUGGAGUACUGUGUCAAGUUUUGGGGCCACACUUUAAGAACGAUGUGGACAAAUUGGGGAGAGUCCAGAGGCGAGCAACAAAAAUGAUCAAAGGUUUAGAAACCCUGACCUGUGAGGAAAGAUUAAAAAACUGAGCAUGUUUAGUCUUGAGAAAAGAAAACUGAGCAGAGACCUAAUGAGAGUUUUCAAGUAUGUUAAGGGCUGUUAUAAAGAGGACAAUAAUCAACUGUUCUCAUGUCCACCAAAGGUAGGACAAGAAGUAACUGGCUUAAUCUGCAGCACUGGAGAUUUACGUUAGAUAUUAGGAAAAGCUUUCUAACUCUAAGGAUAGUUAAGCACUGGAACAGGUUACCGAGGGAGGUUGUAGAAUCCCUGUUCUUGGAGGUUUUAAAGACCAGAUUAGACAAACAUCUGUCAGGGAUGGUCUAGGUUUACUUGGUCCUGGACUAGAUAACCUCUCGUGGUCCCUUCCAACCCUCCAUCUCUAUGAUUCCAUGAAAUCAUCCCUCUCCAUCAAAAAAUUCACCAACACUGACUUAAUGAAACUUAAACAUAGGCUUAAAAUUAAACCUGUGCUGAAACACUUUGCUGAAUCAGGGCCUUUAUGGCCACUAAAUGGAGAGGUACAGCCCUCAGCACACUGGGACCUUUAAGGCGGGACACAAUGUGUGAUGAGGAUCCAAAAUUAGGGAGACACAUACUAUGAUUCCUGCAGGGAACUCAGAAUGCAGCGGGAUACAGUCAUCUAGUGCAAAUGACUCAGCGACCUCAUUUCAUGAUCCUUUAUUUCUGAUGUGUGAGGAGACCCCCAAAUAUGUGUGGAAUGGAAUGUACCUUUGGGUCUAAAAUGAAUGGCAUUUGAGCAGCGUGCAGAAAGGCUGUCUUCUAUGGUAAAGAAUUAGUCUUGGUCAAUUUAAUAGAUUAUAUAUUUGCUAAGGAUCCUUUCAUGAUUACAUUCAAGCUGCAUUUCCUGCAAUAGGAAACUUGGGCUAGAUUUUCAAAGAGCUCAGUAUUCAUUUAGGCACCUAGCUAAGUGGCUGGAUUUGCUGGAGACCCCAGCAUAUUGGAUGCUGAGCUAAUCUGAAAACAUUUUCAAAAGUGUCUCUGACCUAGGCACUUCAGAGCCAAAGUCCCACUGACUUUCAAUGAGAUUUUUAGGCUCUUUGAGUGGCUAUCGCUUUUGAAAAUGGGAUUUAGGCACUUUUGAAAAUGUUACCCCUCUAUUUAAAUGGGAAAUGAGCUAUUUUGAAAAUCUGUCUAUAUGCAAAGUAAAGGUGUAAUUUAAAAUCGUUUUAGUUAAACCAGUGAAAAGGGCUGGGUGGACACCCUUAAGCUGAUCUAAACCUGGCUUAUAUUGAUUUAGCUUAAAUCAGUUAGGAACAGGUUUCAAUAAAACUGACAUAAACCACUUUUGAACCAAAAUUAGAGUGUCUAUACAGGGUUUUGAACUAAACUGGUUUAGAAACCAAUUUAAAUUAAACCUUUUCAGUACGCCUUCUGAGUCUAGACACUCCGAGGGAAUACAUAGCAUGCGACAGGCUGUGUGACAUAUUCUGCCACCUUUACACUGAGUAUGAGAAUAGUCCCACUGGUUUCAUUAGGGCUAGUCAUGGAAUAAGUUAUUAUUUAACAGAUGAAAUUCCCCCUGUGCAACAGGCCACCAGUUAAUUCCAACCUACGUCCUAUGUUACACACAAGUCAUCAGUAGAGAUAGGCCCAAGCUGCCAAGUUCCCAGCUGCAGCUGGACCUACAUGCCCCAAGUUCAUGCAUGCUGGUAUUUGGGGUUCCAUGCUGAAUGCCCAGAGUUCCCCAGAGCCAGGAUCUGAGCUUGCCCACAUUUUGGGAAACAAGUGAAGGUUUGAUAUCUGGGGUUCAUUGUCACAGAAAUAUCCAACUGCUCUGGAGUGGUGGUCAACUCUCGGAUGUGGUGCAGGAGGCAGACCCAGCUGCGGAGCUGGGAUUGGAACCCUGUCUGACAUCCCAGCUCUCAAAUCCGGGCCUGGGAGUUCUCAGACAGCUGUUGCAUCCUGGCCUCCACCCAAUGACUGCUGAAGCUUGGUGAGCGUCAGCCAAGACACCACCCAUGGGAGUGCUGAUUGGAAGAUUGCCCAGCUUCACCAACUAGUCCACCCAUGCUAUUUAAGCCAGAAGGAGGCACAGGAAUUCAUCUGAGCAACUAAAUGAUUCCCCGUUGCUGCUGCUGCAUUGGUCCCUGAUUGUGCCUUCACCCAACUCUCUUCCUGAUUCCUAAUCCUCUCCUGCCUCACCAGGGUCUUUGCUCCUGGUUCCCACCAUGCUCCUGCUCCAUGCCUGAUCCUUGUCUCUCUUCCAGUUCCUGCCCUUACACCUCACUUCCAGCCAUAUCAGUCCUGGCUUUGGCAUUUGGUAUCCAACCCUCAGCUUCAAUUCCUGGCUCUGACUCUGGUAAUCAGCAGUUGGCUCUGGUGCUGACCCUCGAUUCCAUUCCCCAGCUGGACACCUGCUCUGCCCACUAGACUUGACUCCUGCUCUGGCCACUAGGCCAGACCACCUAUGCCCCACUCCUUAACAUCCUGGUCCCGAAACAAUAGCCUCUACCCACUUAAACUGGAAGAGCUCCCCAAGUGGAAAGUAGUAGUAGGUCCUUUAUCUUCCCUGUGGGCUGUCCAGUAGAGGCUGAUAUCAUUCACAUAACCAAAGCUAGUAUAUUACCAAUUACCCCUGCUCUCCCCAGUGUACCGCUAGUCAGAAGCAUCUGAAGUUGAGAGUGGAACUGGUUGAACUAUAUUCCCCAUGAAGAUAAAGCUACACCCGUUUCCUGAAGGCAUUUCCCAUUCUGACAUGACAUUAGCCAGGGGCUGUACUUAAUGCAGAGAAAAGUUUAGGCACAGCAAACUCUUAAGAGCAUCUUAAAUUCAUUUCAAGGUCAGUCCCUCAUGGAGGGAAAGCAUCCACCCAUUGAAACACUGAAUGAACAGAAAAUUGCUCAAUCAAGUUUUACCUUUGCAGUCUGCUGCUCAUUUAUUUGGGAGAAUGAGGCUUGCAGCACAGAAUAAUGGUUGAAGAUGCUUCAAAAAGGGGGAGAUUUUUAGGUGAGUGUCUGACCUAGGAUGACUCUAUAUGUGAGGGCCCUUUCAUCCGGAGGACAAAGGCAUAACAAGAGCCAGUGGCUGGAAGAUGAAGCUAGAGAAAUUCAAACUGGAAACAAAGAGCAACUUUUUAACAGGCAGGAUAAUUAACUAUUGCAAUGGCUUCCCCAAAGGUGUGGGGGAUUCUCCAUCACUUGCAAUUCUACAUCUGCUUUUCUAGAGGCUAGUUCAACCACAAGUUAUUGGGCUUGAUGCAGGAAUUUUACUGGAUGAGGUUCUCUGGCCUGUGCUAUGCAGGAGGUUAGACUAGAUAACAGAAUGGUCCCCUUUGGCCUUGAAAUCUACAAAUCUAUGAACAUAAGGAGGGAUAGUCUUUGGGUUCCAUUGAGUCUCACUUAAGGGAAUACUAAUGGGAGUAAGGGCGAAAGAUCUAUUUGAAGGUGACUAUCAAAGGGCAAAGAAUGAGUAUGUACUAUUACACCGGUUUCAGAGUAACAGCCGUGUUAGUCUGUAUUCGCAAAAGAAAAGGAGUACUGGUGGCACCUUAGAGACUAACCAAUUUAUUUGAGCAUAAGCUUUCGUGAGCUACAGCUCACUUGCUGUAGCUCACGAAAGCUUAUACUCAAAUAAAUUGGUUAGUCUCUAAGGUACCACAAGUCCUCCUUUUCUUUUUACUAUUACACCCUGAGUUUUCAUUUGCAAUGAAAAGGCUUGUUUAAAAUACUUCUCCCCUCAUCCUGCCCCAAUCAGGUUUAACACCUGUGUUGUGGUUUCUUUCCCAUAAACCACAGUCCUUCCUGGCUUUUUGUCCACCUCCCACCCUGCCCCUGUUUCCUGUUUUACUUCUAUUUGCUUUAGGAAUAACAGUGAAGCAAUUGCUACCGCUCCUUCUGCUCUUUCUUCCCCUCUUUCUCGGUGUAAACAGCAUUGUGGAUUUCAUAUGCAACUUAGCUUCUUGACAAAUCCAGUUGAGAACAUUGUGUGCCAGAUUCUAUUUUAAGCACCUAAUAAAAAUGUUUUUGGAAUGAA